UCCUAAGGGCUGCUCCCUUUUUUUUCAGUCACUCCUGGCCGGGAGCCACCUACAGUUCAGAACAGCCUCUGAAAGAGCCAGCACUGAUUGAGCUUUUAGCUCAGUUUCCUCUGUGGCAGAGACAAGAAUCCAGUCUCCAGUUCCUCUUCCAGCUGGAAAGCUGGCUCUCCUUAGAUAACUGGCUGUACAUAUUGCAAACGGGGACCUCGGCGAUGCGGACAAUCAUGGAUACUGACCGAGAAGCUCAUUACUUUCUAGCUUUCGAUUAAGCAAAAGAGGAUUCCGCAGCCUAAGUUCCAAGUCCCUGUUUUCUGGAGAGAGACACAAGUGCACGGCAAGCUGCAGCAAUCUGCUUGUCAGAGGGGGACAAUGUUUAACUGGCACAAAACCUUUUCUAUCUUGCCGCAUUGGAAGAGAGGAAAGAAAAGUGCCUCACAUGAAGGUGAAGUAGUGCUGACACACAUGAAAAAGCUAAUUAAUGAUUAUGAAAAUGACUCGAUAAGUACUCACAGUAUAAAUGGAGAUCGAUUCGAUCACACAGAUGCGUGUUCUGAUUGUCCGUCUGAUGUUCUGGCUAAAGAAAGUAAUAUAUGUGAACUGACAGUGUGUGACCCUCUGCAGCAAUUCAAGCGGAUAUACAAGUUUGAGUCAGAGGAUUCUGGGGUUGAAAUACCAAGUGGAGCCAACUCACCUUCUACUCCUAAAGGUUCUGCAAAGAGUUUUGUGAUGCACAGCAGGGAUUCGUCCUGUGAUUCUGGGGUGCUUAGUGCAUCUUCAUCACCCACUGUAGGCCACAUGGAAAUCAGCGCAGGCGCAACUGUACAUGUGACCCAUACCUUUAUUUCAGAUGUAGAACACGUGGACCACGGUAAAGAAAAUUGUGAUGACAAUGAAAAUAAUGUAGAAGAUUUUAUUGACUGCCAAGAGGAAGAGCUAGAUUUACCGCCAUGUGGCGAGGAACAUGAACCUUCAGCCAUCACUUUGUUUAAUACAGAGCUUUCUUCUACAAUGGAGGAGGAAACCAAAGCCAUGGAUGACUUUUACAAAGACACUUUUGAUGAUAUCCAGAAUUUGCAUCAGUUAAAAAGAUGCCAAACAAGUGACAGCCUGGACGAAUAUAUGGAAGAAUGCUGCAGGCUUAGUGAGGUCAACCAGGGAGCAUCGAAAGCACUUGGAUCAGGUCUUGGAUAUUUGGAACACAUUUGUCAACUAAUAGAAAAAAUUGGACAACUUCAAGAGCACAAUCUAAAACUGCAAAAGCAAAUCUUUACAUUACAGAAGGAAGACAGAGUAAAGCAAAUGAAAGAGGAGUACGUUGGACAGCACUGCUCCUGUGGAGCAGCGAAUGUUUUCCUCAAUCCGUACCAGGAGUCUAAGAAACAUUUUCCUGUAAGGAGGAACCGGCCGCAUAGUAUGUUUGUACUAAGUGGAAACCAAUCUGACCUCUCCAUGAUCCCAGAAAUUGGCAUUAACUCUGAAAAGUUUGGCUACAAAGGAAAUCUUGCACAGACAGAUGGUUGGAAGAGUCCUUCUAUAUUGGGAGUGAGGAAACCCUUUACGAAAUUGAAAUGUGAUGACAAAGAAUAUAAGCAAAUGUGGGAAAGAAAUUGCAGUGACCCCUUAGAACAAGAUAUGAAAAAGCUUGAUCUUCACCCAUGGGGAAAAGUCAAAGAUUUUCUGAAACUGACAAAAAAUAAGAACCAGAAUAAAUUGGGAUUAUCUUCAGCGUCACUAAAAAGAUCCUGCCCCCAACUAUACAGGCCCGAUAUUGCCCAUGGUGACAUUCAAAGAAGAGACAGAAACUCCAUGAUUGUGUUUGGACAGAAUGUAAGCAGAGAAAACACUUGGUCCAGUCUGUUCGCCUUAAACAGGAAAGAAGAAGAUAUGUGAAUACAGAAGUAUAACAGAAGGAGGAGAUAGAAGACAGAUGUAUAGAAUGUAUCAGCAUGUUUGGCUAGGAAAAGUGUUAUGAUAAUGUGUGUUAUGAAGUUUAUGAUGAUUUUUGUACCUUUCAUAUUGUUAUAUUGGAAGCUUGGCUAUCUGUAAUCUACACUCAUGCUGCUAUUUAUUCUGUAUGUGUGCUCCUAUGAAGUUCUCUCUCUAUUUAUUACCUAUAACCCUUUUUCUAGGAGGACACAUGAAGGCAGAUCACAUAAUUGUAAUACAGCUUAAAUGUAGAACAUUAAGUUAAUUAGAAGUGGUGCCAACCCGCCAGCUUCCAGCUACUCCACUUUUCCCCUGUUCUGAUAAAUUUAUCUGAUUUAUCCUUCCCCAUGAUAAAUCAUGAAUAUCAAGGAUCAUCUGACCUAGUGAAAGAGACCAAGAAACCUGCCUGUAGAUUAAAAACUUCUAUAUUGCUCAUUAUAUAAUAAUUAUACACAUAGGGGGUCAUUUAUUAAGACUGGUGUUUUAGAUGUCCGUUUCAAUACCCCUGGUGGUGGAUGCGCCGGCCUCUACAUAACUUCGGCGAAUCCACUGCCUGUCUAAAUGUAGAUUUAAAACAGGCGUAGAAUAUGAUAAAUAAUACGGGCCUUUCAGCCUGACUCCAUCCCCGCCGAUUCUAUGCCCCUCUUUUUAAAACCUGUUAUGAGCGGGAAAAGUCUGCAACAGAUACACGCCAAAAAGUGGUGGAUAUCUGUUUGUAAAUGAUCCCCAUAAUAUCUAGCAAGCAUAUUAUUUUUGAGCAUAGGCUGCACUUUGAGUAUAAAGAAUUAGUAUUUACAUCCCCCACCCAUUCAUAUUCAUUAGUAAUGAUGAAGAGUUGCUUCAGAUAAUAGCAACAUAUUCCCUUUAAAGAAGUAUUUCUGGGGAAGGUGCCUAUAGUGAUAUAAGGCCCUAUUUACACAGAUCCAUAAAUCUGGAAUGUAUAUGGAGUCUUGCCAGAGAAACAAUGACUCCAGACCUGCAAAGAUGUAGGUAUUCAGUCUAGGUGCACGGACUUCUGGAGGAUGCGCCUAAUUUAUGAUGAGGCCGGUGUGGCACAAUACUGUAGAUGUACUCUCUUCUAGGGAAAAAUAAUAAGGCAUCUGAAGGAAAGUGCCAUCAUUUUUUUCUGUAGGAUUCAUAUGGAAUCAGAAAUAGAUUUUAUUAUACAGCUUCGUACAACUUGCUUGGUGCAUUAAUACAUGAGUGUAAAUGCCUUUUUUGAUGAACUGGAGACAUUUGCAUGGCUAUGAUAAAAGUGGGCACAUAUUCUCCUUUUAGUGCAUUUCUGCAUAAAUCAGUUUUAAUAUUAUUGGUAAUAUUUACCGUUGCUCAGUGAAUCUUAAAAGGGUUUCUAAAAUAACAAUAUUGAAGGCUUAUCCUCUAAUAAGCCAUUAAUAUCAGAUGGGUGCGGGUCUGACGCUCAGCAUACCCCUACAAUCAUCUCCUUGACAAGGCAGUGGUGUUCCCUGCAGAGUGUGCUGCAGUCUCUCAAUGCUCUACAUCACUCAGUACCUAGGAUCUCUGUACAAUUAGAAUUUACCCCCACUGAUAUAAGGCUAUGUCAUCAAUAUUGAUAUCUCAGAAAAACCCUUUAAGGGGGUUUUAAUUCACCCCAUAAGUAUUGGUGAAGCACUUACCAAAAUCUAUGAUAUUAUUUAAUAUUACUGUGUAAUUUUACUAGGUGGAAAUGUAUGUCUGAAGGCAGAUUAAAUGUUAUAGUAGUCCCUGAUAUAUUUAAGGAUUGGUCUAUAAUCUCGGGAUCACAUUUUUCAUUCAUGGCACUCCCAGAUUAUAUUAUGGACCUGUAAUAUGAGGCUCAACAUUGGGAUUUAGAGAGUAUGUUUGCACAUUGUAAAAUGUCAUCUAUAGCUAUAUUGCUUAUAUUUGUUACCAGAAUAAUUUCCUUUAUGAGCGGGAGUGGUCAGAUAAAAGAGCAGUUAGGCCACAAGCAUCACAUUCCCGAUGGCUUUCCUGCCAGUCGUCAGCAGACAUGAUGUAUUAGCAUGGUAUGUGUCUCCUGUGCCAUAGAUAGAAUACAGGCUGCCAGCCACAGGGCAGUCUGAUAUCCCUGCCGAUACCCUGCUCUGAUAUAGAUUAUUUCCUGCUCAGAUUUCAAUAAUAAACCUAGUAAACUUAUACUUUAAACCACUAGUCAUUUUAUCAAUGAGCUUCACAGAUCGGAACUACUGAUUAGUAUAAAAUGACAGUAUAUAAUACAUAUUGAUGUUACUGUACAUGAUGUAUAUAGUUACAUGUGCAUAGGUGGAAGUGUUCUAUACAGGUUGACCCUGAUAGGAAUUUAUUAUAUCUAUGCUCAUUAGAUUCCUUGUAUACUUAAAUGAAAUAUAUCAAAUAUUUUGCAUCCUAAUCUGUUUCCUUUCCGGGCUCAGGUAUAUAGGUCACCAACAUGCAUGCUGUACCAAGUGGCAGCAAUAGUAAAAAUACAUUUAUAACUAGAUAUCUGCUAGAAAGUAGAGUUAAGGUGUCCAUACAGAUUAGUUAGCUGAAACCACCCAUUUCGUCAGGUCUGGCUGACUUUCUAAUGUGUAUCGAGGCGUUCCGACUCUGCCCUAAUGAAAGAAGGUUCAGGCAUGCCCCAAAUAUGUCUGAUAAUAUGGUGCCUGAAAUAUGCAGCACAAGCCCCUUCCUCUGCCCCCAAAUCAACAGCUACACAGAAGGGUGAACUCAUGGGAGCUAAUUUAUUAUGGCUGCCUAUGCCAAAAAGUGUUGUAAAAAAGUUGCAGACCCCCAAUUUGCAACCUCUUGAACUCCCUUUGCGAAAUGGGGAAGUGGUAGAGCCGUGGUGCGAGUAGGGCAAGCAGUCCCAGCACAUUUAUUAUUAUUUUACACCAGUUUAUUGGUAUAAAUGACGAUCGAAAUCUACUCCAGCUACCGGCUGGGGUACACUUCAAUCUAGGUGCAUGGACUGCCAGAGGAUGUGUCUAAAUUAUGAUGAGGUCUAAAAUUAGGCACAUCCUCUGGUGGUGUAAGAGAUAUUAAAGACCGGGGUAAAAUACCAGUCUUUGAUAAAUGACCACCCUUGCAUUUGUUAUUUAGGCCAUCAAUAUGUAUUAUACAUCUAUUUGCUGGUGAUGGCACUGUUGAUACAUGACCCCAGUGGAAAUGGUGGUCUGAAAAUGAUCCUGCUCAGGUGUUUGGGUCGGUAUCUGCAUAUUAUAGACACCAAAAUGGGCAGAGAGGAAGAGCAGAAGGGGUAUAUUGCUACCUUGGAAUAUGGGCCAGGAAUAUAAAUGAAACUUUAGACUGUCCUGUGUGCUAGAUCUAUCUCCCGGGGACAGUCAGACAGAUGUUGUGAGAGUAGAAUUGUAAAGUGUAAAUGAUACAAAUCUGAUUGGCUAUUUGUGUGGCUGAAAAGAUUGUUUACCCUGAUUAUUCUGUGAAUAGUCUGACUUUGUUGGCUCGAGCAUAUGUUAUAUACAAUUGUUACAUACUCAUAUUCCAUUUCCUAUAAUUUUUAUAAAAUUAACUGUUUCUUCAUUACCCUACAUGCAUUGUAUAUUUAUAAAUGUAUCGACUUAUAUUUUUACAAAUUGAAAAAAAUGUAAAAUGUUUAAUAAACUUCUACAUAUAAACUUUA